AUGAGUACUUUUGGGAAUAAGGGUGAACGGGAACGGAACCCAAACAAGCCCAAAUUUGCAGCACUUGAUAUAAACAGUCUAUACAGGUCAACUCGCGGAGAAACAUUCGAGCCAGCAACACAGAAAAACGCAGCACCUCGUAAGCAUGGCAUGCAAAGCUUGGGAAAAGUGCCCUCAGCACGUCGUCCACCAGCCAAUUUGCCAUCAUUGAAAGCUGAAACGAGUUUUCCAGCAAUUCCACCAUCUCAAGUUUCAAACGAACAACAACAAACGACUGCAAAUAACGCAUCGUGGGCAGAUUCCAACCUAAGUGGUACACAAAAUUCAACAAUUAACGCUGUAUCAUCAAACAACAAUCCAGCAUUAUCAAACAUAAACCAUAAUAAUACUAUUAGUAAUAGCCAAGUUCAAGGAAAUCAAUUACAGCAACAACAGCAGCAGCAGCAUCAUCAUCAAGGUGCUUCAUCAAAUAAUACCAACAAUAAUAGCAACAAUUCAUCGUCAACAUGGAGUGCAGUAGCAACUGGAGGUGUCAAAGAGGAUUCUGCAUCACAACCUCCUCUUUAUCAAAGUCCACAAUUUCAGAACGAGUUCCCGUCAUUGGAUGGAACAUUAAUGGCGACAGCAUCAUCGGGAUCAAUUCAGAAUGUCAAUGCACAACAGCAGAAAUUACAGAAUCAAAAUUCUUUCGAUUCAGGCGGAGGAAAUCUAAAUCUUCGUCCGUCAACCGAUGUAGCAAGCUGGAUGCAGCAACAACAGCAAUUGAAUUCCGCAAAUUCUGGAAAUGUACGUGGCGCAGGAGGAGAAAAUGGUCAGCAAGGCAAUUUUCAAACACCCGAAAUCGAUGGACCGCCAAAAGUUAUGGCUUUAAUGCCUUCAUUCCUACGAGGAGGAAACACUGGCAUCGCAAACAUCAACACUGCACCCUCGAGUGCAUCGCCAGGUCCUCCAAGUCAGCCUACUUACCAACAACAUAAAUCAAAUAUGCAUAAUAAUAAUAAUAAUAAUAAUAGUAUGGGAAAUAGGUCUGGCCGUCAAAAUAAUAAUAAUAAUAAAUACGAUAAUUCCUCACAUUAUAAUGAAUAUUCAAAUGGACUGCCUCCAAGACAUCGUCAACAACCUCCUAGACAUUAUUCUGGGCGUCAAAAUAAUAAUAAUAAUAACAACAACAACAAUAAUAACAAUGACGAUAGAAAUUCCUUCGAACCUGAAGUAAUUGUACAAAGACCAAUUAUUAAGGAAGAAGAGUUGGAGCGAAUUGACUCUUUAGCAAGAGACGAUGCAUGGUCUAAGCACGAUGAAGUCGACUACAAUAAAAAACUACAAUUCUCUGACGACGAAGCUGAUGAUAUGAAGAUGAGAGAUGAUCGGAAAAUUGAUGUAUGGCGUGACAGUGAAAAGAGAGAGAUGAAGCAACAAAAUGGUCCAAGAUCAAUUGAUCCGUCGUAUAUCGAAAAAAUGAAAAUGGUGCGUGAAGAAGAAGAACGUUUAGAGCGUGAGAGAAAAGUGGCUGCACAAAGAAAGUUGCAAGAGCUCGAAGAGAAAAGUAAGCAACAGAAAAUGCAAAUUUCAUUGGAUAAGCCUCACGAAAAGGAGAUUGAAGAGAAACCGAUUAGUGGUAUUAAUUAUACGAUUAAUGAUUCUGACAAGAAAAUUGAUCAUCAGCAAAAUCAGCAGCAACAAAUGCAACGCGAUUAUGGAAAACCUUCAAAAUAUAUGAAUGAUAACAAGUUUGAUAUGUAUGAUUCACAAUAUGGACGAAAUAAUAAUAGUAAUAAUACUGGAGGAGCUGAUUAUAUGAAGAAAACAACGUUUCAAUCAAAUUUACCACCAAGGUUCCAAAAGCAGCAACAAUAUGGAGAUCGACCAGAUGAUAGACGUGAAAAAGGACCUCAAAAUAACUACAAACCACUCCAUCAACAAGAUAGUAAAAAUGUUCCUUUCAUUCAACAUCCACAAUCAUCUUACGAUCAACAACAAAAUCAGCAACAACAACAACGUUGGAUGCAAUAUAACAAAGGAAAUCAACAAGGAAAUCCACCACGUCGUAAUAUGUCGUCACUUUCACAAUCAUCGUCUGAUGAUAAUCGACAGAAUAAUUCAAAACAACAACCUUAUAAUACACGAAGACGUCAAGAAUCAGAAGAAGAUGAUUAUGGACGAUUUAUUAAAGAAACUGCAACUUCAGGAUCAUUGAAAAAAUCACAGACAGUUCCUUCAGCCCAAAUUUCGCGCAGUAUGUCAGAUUCAUCUGAUAAACUUAGUGAUCACAACCGCUCAGAGAAGUCGACUUCUCGUGAGUUUUUGACAGGAUCAAAUGUAUGUUGGGCAGAAGUAUGCGAGAAUGAUAAACGUUCCUCAUUAGAUGCUAAAGAGAAACGUAGAGUUUCGGAAUCGUCUGCGAUAAGUGAUGAUCAACCUCGAACUAUUUUGCAGCGAAACAAACCAUUACAGGAACAAUUAUCGUUGAAAGAAAAUGUCAUAAAGAAGGAAAAUAGUAAAGAGACUAAAGAUGAAGAACAGAAAACAGUAUUAAGUGAGCAAAGUCCACCAAAAGAGUUGAUUGAGAUUGAAAAGAAAGAAAAAGUUAUUGAAACAGUUCCAAUUGACCAACAACAAGGUCUUCAGAGUAAAAAGAGUUUAGAUAUUAUUCCUGAAAAGGAACAAAAUAUUAUGGUAGAAAAAGACCAUCAACUUGACAAUUCAAUUAAUAAGGACACGAUGAAAUCAAAAGAUAUGCCACCAAAAGAUUUAGAUGAUUCUAGGCACAGUGGAGGCAGUAAUAAGAGAAGUCCACAUUCAAAUCGAUAUGAACCGUCGAUGAGAGGUCGUGGAAAUUCUUCAUAUGGAGGAUAUCGUGGAAAUUGGCAGAGAAGGGGAGGUAGUGGCAGUCAUUCAAGAAGUGGACGUUACGAUUACAGUGACUCUGAAAAUUCAGAAGAAUAUGAUCAGGAUUCGUGGAAUCGAAAGCCAAAUCGUAAAGAUAUUAAUCGACGUGACAAUUAUGGCACAAGUGGACUACAAAAGGAAGGAUUCUCUCCAAGAGCUCCAGUUAAAAGAAUUGACAAUUAUGGUCCACCAUCAUCAAAAAGUCCAUUUAGUACUAGCGACGAAAAAUCGGAAAAGAAGGAUGGAACUAAAGAAAAGGAAAAAUUAAGCGAUGACGAUCGUAUGAAACAGAAACAAAAAGCUCUAAGCGAUGGUCUCAUAAAUAAGAGUAUGAAAGACAACUCAAAUCUUGUAAUGCAAAAAGCAUCUUCACCAACGUCCAAAUUAAACGAAGAAUCAAAUAAGCAGCAUUCCAAUGAUAUUAUACCGCAGCCAAUCACUCAAUCUGCUUCAAGUUCAUCCAUCUCACAACAGCAAGACAUCAAAAAAGAAAUUGUUGCUGACGAGAAAAAUGCAAAUGACGGUAAAAAUCGUGCCACUAAUUCAAAUACAUCUGUGUCACAAUCAUACAACGGUCGUCAACAACAGCCAAAAUAUGAAAGUAAUAAAUCUGCAGCACCAAUUAAUAAAUCAACAAUAAAUAAGCCAUCAAUGAGCUCAUCACAACAAUCGAGCACAGGAAAAAUGCCAGUAUCUUCGAUAUCGAAUUCGUCGUCGACUGUUUCCACAACUGUUGCAAUGACUUCACAGACAUCAACAACAUCACAAUACAGCAAUACAGGAAUGAACAAUUCAAAACAAAUCGAAUCGCGCAAUUCAAGUCAGACGAACAAUAAGUAUGAUAAUAGCAAUUAUCGUGAUUCUCGAACUAAUGAUCCACGUAACAAUGGAGGUAAUAGAAUGGCACCAAGAUUUGCUAAGCAACAAAGAGAUCCAGCAAGCUCUAAUCAGAGAGUAAGUGGAAAUUACUGGGAUAAGAAUAAUGCAGAAGCAUUGAAUGAUGAAAGCAACAAAGUUUCACUGAUGCAACAGCUGAAUUCAUCAAAUAGCAGUGGCUCAUUAUCAAAUCAACAAAUUUCGGCAACAACAAAUAAUUCUAAUGUAUUAAAGACUGACAUGAUUAAACAGCAACAGCAGCAACAAGUUGGGCCACCAUCUCAACAAAAUCUACAAAAUCCCCAAAAUCAAUCUAUGACUACAUCAUCGUCUACUAGUAAUCAGCCAAUGCUUGAUGGCGCAAGUUUACCAAAACAGACGUUGAUUUUUGAAAAUACAAGCUACAAAACAGCUCCACCGUCAUUAAAACGCCCUCCACAACUCGGUGGACCACCGAAUGCAAUGAAUCAACAUCCACAGAAAGACAGUACACCAACAAUUAAUGAAAUGAUUGAGCAACAAGCUAAAGAUCAUAGUUUGACGAGUGCACUACAAAACUUAUCUUUUGGACAAAAAUCUGAUAUAGUUGAUAUGAAUUCAUUUAAAUUCUCUUUUGACACACAAUUAACUGAUGAUGGAAAUACUGGAGGAUUUGGUUCUGUCUCAAGCUCAAGUACUCAUACGUCACAAGCUGUUUCAAAAGCAUCUUCUUUGGGACUCGUUGGUGCAAAGACUGGCAUGCAAAAUAGCAACAUUUUAAACACUGAUGCAUUAAAUAUGAAAGUUGCAUCGUGUAAGAAAGUUUGGGAGGAACCUAGUGUCGAACAUAACACCACAAACGCAGAUGAUGUAAUGGCAAAUUUUGUGGCACAGCAACAAUUACAACAUUAUGCUGCUCAUAAUAAUAUUAACGCUCAUCAUACUGGGCUUUCACCACAAUCAUUUAGCUAUGCAUCAUCAAGUUCUGCAAAUGAUCAUGCUAGUUCUUUAGAACAUUUUAAUAAAGCUAAUGAUAAUGACGACUCCAAUAGCUAUCAAUCGCAACAUAUGAGUGCUCAUGUCAUGCAUUCACAAAAUCAACAGAAUAUGAAUAUGAAGGCAGCGGAAGCUUUUGCAACACAAAAUGCUAAUGUUUGUAAAGUCAAACCAACGCAAAUGCAUCAAUCGGGUCUUUCGCCUCCACCACAAAUGCAACAAAAUCCUUUACAGCAACACCAACAACAAUUUUAUCAAACGCCAAGUUAUGCAAAUAUGCCAACUAUUCCGUCACCACCUGUUGUAUACAAUUCAGCACAAGCUACUGCUGGUGGACUUUAUAAUCCAUACAAUAUGGAUGCUGCUCGAGCUCAAAUGUAUAGCUAUCCACAAAGUGCGACAAAUAAUUCAUUAUCCUUUAAUGCAUUCAUGCAAACGCCGAAUAUUGCAUCUGCACCCACCCAUGAAAUGUAUCAAAAUUUGUCACAAUAUAGAGCAACUGUUCAACCAUAUAAUCAGACACCACAAUUAAAUAAUCCAAAUGCUGCAGCCGUUCUUAUUUCAUCCGCAACGCCAUCAAAUUCAAUGAUGAAUACAAAAUCUAAUACCCCACAACAAAUUGGCGCGAUUGGUUCAAAAAGCUCAGCUCCUCAAAAUGCUCCUACAGCAACAGCUGGUCAAUAUAAUCAGCAACAAUAUAUGAAUCAUUUAUAUCAUCAAAACAGUUAUUAUCCAAGUUCAACAGCACAACAAGCUAAUCCUUAUUACAAUACAACAGGAUCUGCAGCAACUGGAAAUUAUGGAAUGUUUGGUGGCACGACAAGUGCUCCACCCCAACAACAAAUGAAUUAUGGAUCUGUCGGUCAAUUUCCUUUAAACUCUCAAAUGCUUAACAAUUUGGUCAUUAAUCAACAAUAUCGUAGCGGUCCAGUUGUAGCUGCAGGCAGUUCAAACAGUGGAAGUGCUAAUAGUGGCUCAAAUUCCAACACGAGUGGAUAUAUGAAGCAACAACAACAGCAGCACCAAUCUCAGCUCCAAGAUCCUGCACCUGUAAUGAAGUUUUCAAGCAUGAACGAGUCACAUAGCAAAUCUUAUAACAGUUGGGAUAUUUCGCCAUCUUUAUCGUACAAUUCAACGACAUAUAAUCGAGGACACAACAAUCAACAAAACUAUAACUCAUCACAGCAUCAAUCGAUACAAAGAAUGCCAAAAGUUGUCAACAAUAAUCAAUUAUUUCCAAAUUUAACAAGUAGUAGUCAAGGAAAAUCUCAGUUUUAUGGUAAUAACUCUUCACAGCCUGGUUCAAAGUAA